ACUCGGCAGGUAGCGUGUCAGUCGAGACUGUGCCUUGUGGUGCGCGGCAGCUCGCGCUCCCCCUCCUCGCCAUCACCAUCCCCGGCAAAAGCCUGCUGCCCGUGCUGGCCAUCAUUAGUAGUGCGACUCUCCAACAAACAUCACGGUGCUAUUGACAGCGGGCGGCACCGGUGCACCUCGGCGAUCAGCUCCGCCAGCUCGGCAGCCCCACCUGUCAGCAGGGGCCAGUCAGCUGCGUGCCAGACGAGGCGUGCGGCACCAGCGCUGACACGACAUGUCCUCAGCGUAGGGCGGCGGCACACCUCAGCCACAGAGUUGCUGGCGCCAUGGACGGCUACAGGACCCCCCAGGAGACAGCGGCCCUCCGUGACGUCGCGUAUGUCAUCCGCUUCGGCCACUUCCCCGAGGAGGAGCAAGUAAAGGGCGGAGUACCAGCCACAACUACCGAGAUCCCCGGCAUUUCGCCCUUGCCCAAAGACGGCGACACACCCAAGAAAGGAAGUAAGAACGAAAAGUCUCCAGCUCGCGGCAGCGACGGGAACCCCUUCGGCGACGACGAUGACUUUUAUAAUGAUGAAACAAAAGCCCUUAAUGAAGACUACUACUCUGAGGAGCUAAACCCCUUCAGGGAUGAUGGAAACCCUUUCACUGAGGACGACGCCCCCCCAGAGGGUGACAAGAGCCCGUCCAACGACACAGCCAGCCCUGCCGCCGAGGACGCUAAUCCGUUCAGCGAGGACUCCAUUUCGACGCAGGAGGGUCAAGACACGGCUGGCCAACAGUCUCAGGGCACUCCAAAACCCGCCGCCUCCUCCAGCGUCCCGCCGCAGCCUCCCGCCAGCCGCUUGAAGCCCAACUCGCCGGCGCCUCACCAGCAUGUGGAGUUGACGCGCGUCUCGAGGGAGCUGGUCAAGGAGGUGGUGACCGAGCUCUUCAAGGUGUCCCAACUCGACCUUCGGUGCCUCAUGGAGGAUGUCUCCAGGAACAGGGAGACACCAAAGGUACAACUACUACUGGAGGAGCUGCGUGCUGAGGGGCUUGGUCUGCAGCCUACGACAGGCAGCUGCUCACCGCCACUUGUCUUCCUGAGGGCAGCGGUGGGAGAGUCCUCAAGCUUCACCACCUUCACCAGCACAUCAGCCACUCGGGCCACCAAAGAGUCUCUCACCAUGGAGGUGAAGAACAUGUAUACAGAAACACUCCUGCUUCAACUCUGGAGUGUGCCCGUAGCAGAGGAAGUGGAGUUGACGGCUGCCGCGCCCAUGAUGGACAAGCUGACACGCCUCAUCAAGCACGCCAAGGAUCGGACAAACAAUACAUCCCUUAACAAGUUCCAAAGGGAGACUGCACCAGCUGACAAUGUGAUGCAAGCAGAAGAAAAAACAAAAGAAGCAAAGGAAAAUAAAUCAGACAACUCUAAUGACAUUCCUAGUAUCAGUAUCUCAAAAAGUGCAGCCCCUCCAGAGGACUCCACAGAGACCUUACCUGCUGAGGAAGACAGUGGGGAAGAUAAUGAGAAUAGAACUCCAGACAGGAAAUCUCCCAGCAAGAGUGAGACAUCCAACACCAGCAAUGAUCAAACACCACUCGACAGCACCAUCACUGCUGGGGCCGAGAGGGAAGUGAUGGCUAGCACCCCAAAGAGCACGUCAGCCAGCACCCAAGAUCUGGAGCUUUCACAUCUCGGCACUGAGGGAAAUAAGAAACCACUAACAAAAAGCCAGAGCAGCAUGGGAUCCUUAAAAAAGAUACCUGGCCACAGCUUAAGAGCCUCCUUUCGAGCAAACUUCAGAAAAAAGAAACAUAAUGGAUCAGCUGUGUCCAUUGAUCAGCAAAGUGAGAAGUCCUUUGACACAGCCUCCAUGGCCUCACAAAACAGUUUUGCCAACCCCUUUGAGGAGGACAGGGGUAACAACACUGGCCAGUGGCAUGAUGACGAGGAUGGCGGCUGUAACGGCAAUAAGUUGAAUCGUGAAAUGUCCCGCAGCACCCUCAGUGUAACCUCUUUCUCCCGCCUGAACCGCAGCCUCCGACUCUCAUCCAAAAAGGCGUCACAAGUCCUGAGGAGGAUUGGAAGCGUGAAGGGAAAAGGAACCCGUAGUGAGACUAACACUCCAGAACCCACCAGACGCCACCAGUACUUGCCUCCAUCUGCAAACACUUCACCCAUUACACCACCAAAAAGCACCGAAGAUGAUGAUGAUGCACGUCCAAUUCACAGCACUCCAGUCUCAUCUACCCCCCGAGAAAACUCUCUAGAAUUCACUCCUACCAAGAAAAAGUCUAUCCGCUCAAUGUUCAAACCCCGAGCCCUGAGAACCUUCAGCAGCCUUGGGGACAGCAGUGCUAAAGGCCUUGCCCAACUCGGAGAAAAAGAGGAUACCAUUGAUGAAGGGGAGGCUAGUAAUUCCAUACCUUCUCAGAGAGCCCCUCAAAACCCAAAAGAAAUCCAGGGUUGCAUGAAAGAACUUGGCAAGGCACAUUUGAAGGCCGAGUUAGUUGCUUAUGCCAGCAUCCCCAUCAAGAGUUUGGUUGGUAAAUGGAAAAAGGAGGGAUGGUUACCGCUGACACUGGUGCAGAAGGAAUCACUUAUGACCCCAAAGAAGAAGAAGAGCAUCAGGGUGGACACAGACUCAAGGAGAGACAAGGCCGGGUGCAGGUUCCAUGUACGCUUAACUCUGCCAUCUCUGGACACUGAACUUGGGCCAACAGGCUAUGAGACCUACUACACAGCCUUCAGAAAGCUGGUUCAUGCCUAUAUCAGCACUGUGCCCGGCAAUCUCUCGGAGUAUAAUGCAGAAGUCAGCCCCGUGGGGAAUGUUCUCCUGCAGCAGUUGGUAUUUUUCUCCCGAGUGGGUGAGCCACAGAAGAGUCUUGCCAAGUGGCUUGUCAUGACAGAAGUGAAGCCAGGGGACCCAGGCAUCCUGCAUCCCCUACUUCAGGCCAUCAAGACACACCUGGAGGCUGGCAUCUACCUCACCACACAGAAGAGGCAGCUUGGUAUAGCAUUAGUCACUUGGGUGAGAAAGGUCCUGUCGGAUGAAUUUGAGAUGCUGCACUCCUCAUUCCCUCGAAGAGAAGGACUGCUGGAGCUGGCCAGACUGGAGAACUUCCUCAGGUGCUUCAACACAGUGGAGAACUGCUAUGAGCUGCGGGUGCUGUUUGAGCGCGAGGCGGCAACACAAGACCACACAGCAGUAACUGACCUGCUACAGAAAGUUCUUGUCAAGCAUGCAGACAACUGGGUAGAGGCAUUAAGCAAAGAGAAGCUGCAGCUGGACACCGGGGACGCCAGCCCCACCACCCCAACAACUACCAGUGAAGACAGCGCCUGGGCUCUGUGGCAAGAUAGUCUGCGACGAGCCAGCCUGCUCACUAAGCCUAUCUUGGACUUCCUCACCAUCUCAUUCCACACCUACCAACCCAUCUUCACGCAGGAGAUCAGAGUUGACUACCUGUACCUAGUGAUGCCCAAGAUGCUGAAGGCUGCGGCUCACCUCCUCAACCCGCUGAUCAAAUUUGAUGCAGACGGCACGGCCCACCACGUGACGGCCAAGGCUAUCGCUGUUGCUGCGCAGGCCACUUGGGUUUUGAUCAUCAACCUGAGCAGCAUUAACAAGAUUGGGAUCAGUAGCCGUCUGCCUCAUCAUCUUAUCCUGAAGACCUAUCAAGAUGCUUUUUGUGAAGUUUUGCACCACUGGCUUGUGCUCAGUAAACACCUUGCACUGGAGGAGUUCCAGAAGGAUAUUCUGGAGGACCAGUUUGAGGCUGUAGAUCCCUCACAAGGCCACAGUCAGUCUGCUGUUGGUGUGGCAGAUCUGAUGAAAGCAAUAAUGAAGCGACUGUGUAGCAUUGAGUGGCCGGGUGGUGUGGGGCCCAGAGCCACCACACUCCAGACCAUGGGACAACAGAUGAUGGAGUUGGCAGCCCAGUAUGCCGACAAAGUCACUCAUGCUUACAUCAGCAUUGCCACACAGCCCAACAACAUACCUACAGAGGUGUGUGUGGUGGUGAGGAAUGUGGAGCACGUCUGUCAUGAGGUACGCAAGCACCUGCUGCACCUGGCGGAGAUGGCGAAGGAGACGCCCGAGGUGGUGCAGCAAUUGCAGGACCGCACCACCCACCUGCAGGAGCAUAUAGAAGACGCUGCCGAGGCGCUCUUAAGGCAGUGCCUCCCAAACCUGGAGAAGGCAGUGACGAGGGGAGUCCGAGAAGACAACUCAGAGUAUGUGAUCAAGACACUGGAAGAGGCAAUACAACCAGUGGCUGACAGACUCUACUUCGCCGAGCCUCUGCUUCACCAACUGUGGUACCGACUGGUGGACCACGUGGAGCAGCUCAAGAUUUUCUUUGUGCAGGGAGACAAUCGUGAUGACCUCCGCCAGCUGAAAGUUGUCCAGGAAAGAUGCCAUGACUUUCUCACUGAUCCAGAUGGCAUUGCCCUCUCCCUGCCUGAGGAAGUCACUAAAAUCACUGUUUACAAAUACUACAGCAUACACAGAAUGCUGUUGCAGCUCGUCAGAUUUUUGCGCGUCCUUCCAGAUUACAAGUCUAUGCAGGCUGAGCUCAACCUGCUGGGAGCCACAUCGCCAGAGCUUAUUUCUCAGUUUUACCAGACACGAUAUCAAGAACAACAGCGAGAGAACUCAAAUUCUGAAAAAGUAUUUGUAUUCAAUGCCAUGUUCACAAAGAAUGGCCUGCGCGUCCAUGUGGUGCAAGCUCCUGGAGUAACCUCGGCUUCAUCGCUUGUUAAAGUACGUGUGGAACCCUUCCAGUGGUUUCCAACAGCAGAGCCACUAAAGACAUCUCUUGCAAAAGGGGAUCCAGCUGUUUUUGAUGAAGUCUUAGAAUUCCCUGUUGUGCAGGAAGACAGCAAGGAAGGUGAGGGUGUGCUAACGCUGCAGGUUCGCUCUCCUCGCCUCCUAAGCAGCUCCAUUGUCCACGGUGAAAUCGUUCUGCCCCUCGCUGAGCUACCAAGUGUCUCUGAGUCUGAGGUGUUUGGAGUCCCUCACCAGCGCCUUCCAACGACUCGCCCCUGGGACUUCAAAUCUUAUAAGCCUCUGGCGGCCCUCAUGACCAGGACACAAGACAAAGUGGCCAUGGAGUUCUUGAAGACACUGACUGAGCGAUGGAAGUCUGGGGAAGGUUCAGAGCUUAUCUCUGACAACCCCAAGCUAUCAAGCUUUGUUCGGGGUGGCAGUGUUAGGAAUAUCAAGGCUGCUGGCAAGAAGCACCAACGCAAAGGAACCAUUGUCAAGUAACAAGGUACUGUUCAUGCAGACAUCAAUGAAAGGAGCACGUGGGACUGGUAUGCAGCAAAGUUUGAAGUUCAUCUGUUUAACAAUUAUCUACAAAUCUCCACCAUUAAAUAUUGUUGCAUGUGAAUGCAACAGGUGGAAGAGAAAGACUGAGGCCAUUACAAAGAAGUGGAUUUAGUGUGGAGAGUUUGGAAAUACACAGUAAUAGUCCUGCAUAAAUUUUGUUUCCAAACUACCCUCAAAAUAUUUAACUGCCCUCAGUUUCUUUUCUGACUGUUGUGAUGCCGGCAUAACAGGACACCCUCUUUGAAUGUGUCAGUGGUGGUGUUCCCCAUUCUCUAUAAUUCAACAAAGGUUUAUCCAAUAUGCUGUUGAUUCUAUCCUUCAAUUUGCUCAUGUCAUAUGUAAUGAUUCCCCUAGAAAUAGAUUUAAAGUAUCUUCCAGCUUCCACAAUCAAUCACAUUGUGCCCUUACUAUAAGAUAUGAGCUUCACACUACUUCAGGUAUAGAAUCUACUGAGUUUGUUCAAUAAAUAAAAAAAACAAAAAAACAUAGACUUCCCACCUGCACAAUUUUCAGUGACAACACUUUGGAAGUGUUCACUGCAGCAUGGCACUGGUGCUUUGCAGGUACUACAUUUUUUUGCACUUUGUGUCACCAUGGCUCCAAAAAUUCUCUGUACCUGCAUGCUUAAGAAAGGAGGCCAAAUCUAGAAGUGUUUGAUGACAUUAGAACCAAAAAUUUGAUAAACAAUGAUGUUAGAAAAAAUAUCUGCAGGUGGGCAUGACUUUGAAACACAUGAGGCCACGAUCCAUGUCAACGGGAAGAAAAAACUCAGAAAGAUGUAGCAUCCAGUGCUGUGUCACUGUCUGGCUGACCAAAAUAGGAAUUAUUAUACUACUUGGCAAUAACCUUUUGGUAGCACUGACAGUAAACUCCUAUAAACUCUUCAGCUAAUAUACUACCUUAGCCGAUAGCAAUGUUGUUUGUAACCUCGAACCCUCAAAAUAAUAUUUCCUGACUUGCUGAAGGUGUAAAAUACUAGCUGGGUUAUUAUAAUGGGAAACUGGAAUCUACUCAAGGACACAUUAUCUCAAGUGUUUCAUAACAUCUGAAAAUGAUCUAGCCGAGAAAGGAGAACUAAACUUUCCAUUACUGGGGAUCCAACCUGCAACCAGUUAGAUGGAAAGCCAACCCUCCGAGUUCUGCCCUAUUUGCCAAAGCAGUACCCCACAGCUGAGUUGUUUUUUUGUGAGGGGCUGCAUUGGGUGGGUCAUAUAACACAACUUUCCCUUCCAAUACACAUCAAUUUACAUGCUUAAGUUACUCAUCUUAAAUUUUUCUAUGGUAACAAAAAUGACCCCUCUGAGAGAAGGAGCUAUCCAUUUCCUGCCCUAGAGAUAUACACAGGAAAGAACGCUCACCGUUAACCACCUCUGUAGCAACUCACGAGAAAUUGAUCUAGCCUGGGAAGGGGGAGAUAAUCUUUGCUGUGGCCAGGAAUCAAACUGUGACCAGUGAAAUGGGAAGCAGCUCUUUACACUAUUGGUUUAGGGGGCUUUCCAAUUGAGGUGAGUUAUAACAAUGUGUUCUUCCUAAAGUCAGUGAAGAUUUUUAUUUUUGCUGCCUGGAUUCUCCUUUGAUGUGCUUCUUUUUUAAUGUAAAUGUUUGUUAUAUUGACUGAUUUCAUUCUUCAUAUUCCCAUUCAACACACUUCUCCUUCAUGAAGUAUCCUAAACGUACUCUAAGUUAACUUCCCUGCACCAUUCUUGCCUCCUACUAUCCAUUGUUCAAAAUAAAAAUGGCUGUAUUUGAGCUAUACUGAAGUGCACUGUACUACUCUGUCUAAAUAAGAUUUUGAAGUUUAUAAUCUCCAAUUUUUCUAAUUGAGCAAUCUGAGCCCAUUUCCACUUCUUCCUUCAAAGAUUUUUUAAGUAUUACCCACUGAAUAUACUACUAUAUGCAUUCCAUGUACUCAUAAGUUGAAAAUGCAUUUUUAAAACAGGAUAAAACAAAAUGUUCUUUAUCAGCUUUAGUCUCAGACAAUCAUCUCUGAUCUCUCACUCUCCUACAACACUCCACAACUUGAUACUUUCUGUUGCAAUUUUUAUGAUUCUCAGCACUAUAUGCUUGACAUUUGUAUGCCAACCCAUCCUGCAUAUAUCAUGCCAGCUCCAACUGCAUUUAGAUUAAUGUUUCUUUUAGCAAAUUAUCUAAUUUAUUAUGAAAAAGUUGCUAAUAGUUAAUUUUCUUGGAAUAAAUAUGAAUAUUAAUAUUGUAUUACAAAUUUGUUUCUUAAGGGGGUUCUCAAAAAGGUGCUUAUUAUUAGAGCAGCAAGCAAUACUUUUGUUGUUGUUGUUAUACUGACCAUCACAAGUAUGUUUUUAGACAUUUUGUGAGCCAACAUUUUCAUAUAGUCACUGAACUAUCUUUAGAAAAGUACUUGCUAAUAUAAAACUAUCUUCAUAAAAGUACUUGCUAAUAUACAUUAUUUUUUGCCUUAUUUUCAUAUAGGUUGCUGUGCAUAUGAUAAAGAACAUGUACGUACCAAUACAUACAUGUAAGAUAUAGCCUUUGCAUCACUUAACUUGUACAUAUGUUAAAUGUUAUGUGAAUAAUGUGAUAUUCAAUAUGUAUAAUUAAAAAUGCUUUAUAUGUCAAACUACUGUAACUGGAAUAAACAAUAAAAUACA